GGUCAUGUGAUGGCCAAGAGGAUAUUUGACACCUACUCUCCCCAUGAGGAUGAAGCCAUGAUCCUCUUCCUCAACAUGGUGACCCGGGGUCGAGUCCUCAUCUUCACCAUAAAGGACGAAGGCACGUUCCACCUGAAGGAUGCUGCUAAGAACCUGCUGAAGAGUCUGGGCAGCCAGGUGUCCCUCAACCUCAGCUGGAGGGACAUGUGGACCCUGGUGGUGAAGAAAGGAGGUCAGGUGUAUGGAGAGAAACACUCAAAGUCUCCAGCUCUGUCCACCUGGGGAGACCCGGUCCUGCUGAAGACUGAGGUGCAGCUCACCGCCUCUGAAGAGGCAGAGUGCCACUGGGCAGACACCGAGCUGAACAGGAGGAGGAAGAUCUUCUGCGGCAAAGUGGAAGGAUACGGCAGCAUCUGCAGCUGCAAAGACCCGGCGCCCAUCGAGUUCAACCCUGACCCCCUGCCCGUCAAUAACGUCUUCAGUGUCCCCGUGGCCGUCAUAGCAGGGAACAGACCCAACUAUCUCUACAGGAUGCUAAGGUCACUCCUUUCAGCUCACGGCGUCAACCCACAGAUGAUCACAGUCUUCAUUGAUGGAUAUUAUGAGGAGCCUAUGGAUGUCGUAGAGCUGUUUGGACUGAAGGGAGUUCAGCACACACCCAUCAGCAUCAAGAACGCCAGAGUGUCCCAGCACUACAAGGCGAGUCUGACUGCAACCUUCAACCUUCACCCAGAGGCCAGUUUUGCCAUUGUCCUAGAAGAAGACCUGGAUAUCUCCAUCGACUUCUUCAGUUUUCUGAGUCAGACCAUCCACCUGUUGAAUGAGGACGAGAGCCUUUACUGUAUCUCCGCCUGGAACGACCAGGGCUACGAGCACACAGCAGAGGACCCGGCCCUGCUGUACAGAGUGGAGAGUAUGCCCGGCCUGGGCUGGGUGCUGAAGAAGACCCUCUACAAGGACGAACUGGAGCCAAAGUGGCCGACACCUGAGAAGCUGUGGGACUGGGACAUGUGGAUGCGAAUGCCGGAGCAGAGGAAAGGCCGAGAGUGCAUCAUCCCCGACGUGUCGCGAUCUUACCACUUCGGCAUCAUCGGCCUCAACAUGAACGGUUAUUUCCAUGAGGUAUAUUUCAAGAAGCACAAGUUCAACACUGUUCCCAAUGUGCAGCUAAAGAAUGUUGACAGCUUAAAGAAGGAUGCUUAUGAAGUGGAAAUCCAGAACCUGCUGAAGGAAGCGGAGGUGCUGGACCACACUAAGAACCCGUGUGAGGACUCGUUCCUGCCGGACUCUGAGGGGAAGACCUACGUCAUGUUCAUUAGGAUGGAGACAGAGACGGACACUUCCACCUGGACAGAGCUCGCCAAGUGCCUCCAUGUUUGGGACCUGGAUGUCCGGGGAAACCACAGAGGCCUGUGGAGGCUCUUCAGAAAAAGGAAUCAGGUCCUGGUGGUGGCGGUGCCAAGCUCCCCAUACUCGGUGAAGAAACCAGCCGCUGUCACUCCCAUUCACUUAGAGCCUCCGCCCAAAGAAGAGGGAGCCCCGGUGGAGCAGAUGUAGACCUGAUGUUAUACACGAACAACCAGCCCAGGCCUUAUCUCUUGUCCUCUCUCCACCAACAACCACUAAUAAUCCAGCCUGGGACCCACAACUACAACACUGACUUUUCCUAGAUGUUGAACUUGUGUACGAGAGGAUACCUGGGAAAUGGAGUCCUGAGUAUUAUUCUUUUUUUUUUCCUUUUUCCUUUUUUCUUUUUUAAACAAAAGAGGGAUUAA